GACAACUUACCCGCGUUGGAUUAAACGACAGCAAGCGCGACUAUGAGAAGUAUGAACACUUUAGCGUUACUUCUGUUAGCGGUCCUCGCUAUAAGUAAAACGAUAUCUGCUGACAAUGAUGACAACAAGAAGAAGAUAAAGAACACAGUCACAGAAGAGGUAUGGUUUGAUGUGGCGGUAGAAGACGGCGACGAAGUUACGUUUCAAGGACGAUUCGUCGUCGCUCUUUUCGGUGACAUUGCACCUAUGACAGUAAUGAACUUUCAGAGCAUUGUUCGGGGGUACAAGCGAGGUAAGAAGAAUCUUCAUUACAAGAAUUCCCCAAUACAUAGGAUCGUACCCGAUUUCAUCAUACAGAUGGGUGACGUCACAGAAGGAGAUGGAACUGGAGGUGCCAGUAUUUAUGGAGAUAAAUUUGUUGACGAGACAUUUGAAAUAUCCCACAAAGCAGCUGGCUACGUUUCCAUGGCAAAUCAUGGUCCUGAUACCAAUGGAUCCCAGUUCUUCAUCCUGUUGACCAAGGCCAGGUGGCUAGAUGGCAAGCACGUGGCUUUUGGAAAAGUCAUCAGAGGAAUGGACAUUGUUAAAGAAAUUGGCGAAGUCCCUGCUAGCAGUGUCAAUGCAAUUCCUAAAAAGAAGGUCUCCAUAAAAGAUUGUGGGGUUGUCGGAAUUGAAAAGAAGUAUGAAUUAACAGCUCAACAAAUGGAAUCUGAUGAAGAUAUGUAAAUUCAAAAAAUAUAUAACUGACAGACGAUGUGAUAUUCCUCAUUUACAUUAGUUAUUUGAUGUUUGACUUGCAUGCAAAUCCAAUCUUUAAAAAAAAGAUGUGGAUAGUCUGAUUCAGUUGAAUGUUUAACUUGUUAUGGAGUAUACCAUACCAUUCAUUUGUAUGAAGUUUGAAUUUGUAUUUUCAUAUUUGCGUUCAUGUGUUGUUUUUGUUCCUUUUUCCAUCUACAGAUGUUUCUUUUUCAUUGAAGCUUUUAUCAAACAUU